UCCUUGCGCAUUUGAGCCUUCCAGGGCACGGUAGCAGUGAUGUGGCUCAGGAAGCUGUCUUCCACGUCAGAAGGAAGAAGCAGAGCCUAUAGACAGCUCACCACUGGGGGCUCUUCGGGCUAUUACACAGGUAUCUACCAGACAGCUUUUUCCACUGGGUUUCUUCUAAAAACUCUACAAACCCAGCAGCAAAAUGACAGCUGCAGAAAAUGUUUGUUACACUCUGAUAAAUGUUGCCUCUGACUCAGAGCCCCCUUCUGAAGUCAGCUUAAAAACAGAUCUAGAAAAGGGUGAGAUCAAAGCAAAAACUGAAGCCCUGAAGAAGGUCAUCAUCAUGAUCCUAAAUGGCGAGAAAUUGCCAGGACUUCUGAUGACCAUUAUUCGCUUCGUGCUGCCACUUCAAGACCACACCAUAAAAAAGCUUCUGCUGGUUUUCUGGGAGAUUGUUCCCAAAACAACUCCAGAUGGCAAACUGCUGCAGGAGAUGAUCCUGGUCUGUGAUGCCUACAGGAAGGACCUGCAGCAUCCCAACGAGUUCAUCCGUGGCUCUACUCUCCGUUUCCUGUGCAAGCUGAAGGAAUCUGAGCUACUUGAGCCUCUGAUGCCGGCUAUCCGGGCUUGCCUGGAGCACCGCCACAGCUACGUCCGCCGAAAUGCUGUCCUGGCCAUUUAUACCAUCUAUAGGAACUUUGAACAUCUCAUCCCAGAUGCUCCAGAGUUGAUCCAUGAUUUUCUUGUCAAUGAAAAAGAUGCCAGCUGUAAGAGAAAUGCCUUCAUGAUGCUGAUUCAUGCAGAUCAGGAUCGAGCUCUGGAUUACCUCAGCACAUGUAUCGAUCAGGUUCAUACUUUCGGUGACAUCCUGCAGCUGGUCAUUGUGGAGCUGAUAUACAAGGUUUGCCAUGCAAAUCCAUCGGAGCGCGCCCGCUUUAUCCGUUGCAUCUACAAUCUGCUGCAGUCUUCCAGUCCAGCGGUUAAGUAUGAAGCUGCUGGGACUCUUGUUACUCUCUCCAGUGCUCCCACAGCCAUCAAGGCUGCUGCGCAGUGCUACAUUGAUUUGAUCAUCAAGGAGAGCGACAACAACGUCAAGCUGAUCGUUCUCGAUCGUCUGAUUGAACUGAAGGACCAUCCAACUCAUGAGCGCGUACUUCAAGACCUAGUGAUGGACAUCCUGCGCGUCCUCAGCACCCCAGACCUGGAAGUCAGAAAGAAGACCUUGCAGCUGGCCCUGGACCUCGUCUCCUCUCGUAACGUGGAGGAGUUGGUGAUUGUUCUGAAGAAGGAGGUGAUUAAAACAAACAAUGUAACAGAGCAUGAAGACACUGAUAAGUACAGACAGCUGCUGGUUCGCACUCUCCACUCAUGCAGCGUGCGCUUCCCUGACAUGGCAGCUAAUGUCAUACCUGUGCUGAUGGAAUUCCUGAGUGACACUAAUGAGGCAGCUGCUGCUGAUGUGCUGGAGUUUGUGAGGGAGGCCAUCCAGAGGUUUGACAACUUAAGACCUUUGAUCAUCGAGAAGAUGCUGGAGGUUUUUCAUGCCAUUAAAACAGUCAAGAUCUACAGGGGAGCACUUUGGAUUUUAGGAGAAUACUGCAGCACUAAGGAGGACAUCCAGAGUGUGAUGACUGAAGUACGCAGGUCUCUAGGAGAGAUCCCAAUAGUGGAGAAUGAGAUUAAAAAAGAGACGGGUGAGUUGAAACCAGAGGAUGAAGUAAGUGCAGCUCCAGCUCAGAAGCUGGUAACGGAGAUGGGGACCUAUGUGACACAGAGUGCCCUGAGCUCCUCCAGGCCUUCAAAAAAAGAAGAGGACAGACCACCACUCCGAGGAUUCCUAAUGGAUGGAGACUUCUUUGUGGCGGCUUCCUUGGCCACAACACUCACCAAAUUGGCCCUGCGUUACGUUUCAAUUGUUCAAGACAAAAGGAAACAAAAUUCAUUUGUAGCUGAAGCCAUGCUGAUUAUGGUCACAGUGCUUCACCUGGGCAAGUCCUCUCUGCCUAAGAAACCAAUUACAGAUGAUGAUGUGGAGCGCAUCUCGUUGUGCCUGAAGGUUCUGUCAGAGUGCUCACCACUUAUGAAUGACAUUUUCAACAAGGAGUGCCGCAGAUCCCUGUCGCAUAUGCUCACCGUCAGGCUGGAGGAGGAGAAGCUGUCACAGAAGAAAGAAUCUGAGAAACGAAACGUGACUGUGCAAGCAGACGACCCGAUCUCCUUCAUGCAACUCACAGCCAAAAAUGAGACGACCUCUAAGGAGGACCAGUUUCAGCUGAGCUUGCUGGCUGCUAUGGGUAACACUCAGAGGAAGGAGGCUGCUGACCCACUUGCAUCAAAACUCAAUAAGGUGACCCAGCUGACUGGCUUCUCAGACCCAGUGUACGCUGAAGCCUAUGUCCAUGUUAACCAGUAUGACAUUGUGCUGGAUGUGCUGGUGGUCAACCAAACAAGUGACACUCUUCAGAACUGCACUCUUGAGUUGGCCACUUUAGGGGAUCUCAAGUUGGUUGAAAAACCUUCCCCUCUAACUCUGGCCCCUCAUGAUUUUGCAAACAUAAAGGCUAAUGUCAAGGUAGCUUCUACCGAGAAUGGGAUUAUAUUUGGCAACAUUGUCUAUGAUGUGUCUGGAGCUGCUAGCGACAGAAACUGUGUUGUCCUCAGCGACAUUCAUAUUGACAUCAUGGAUUACAUCCAGCCAGCCUCCUGCACAGAUGCAGAGUUCAGACAGAUGUGGGCAGAGUUUGAAUGGGAAAACAAGGUGACAGUAAACACCAACAUCACUGAUCUGAAUGAAUAUCUUCAGCAUAUCCUUAAGUCCACUAACAUGAAGUGUUUGACUCCUGAAAAGGCACUCUCUGGUUUUUGUGGCUUCAUGGCCGCCAACCUGUAUGCUCGCUCCAUCUUUGGGGAAGAUGCCCUGGCUAAUGUCAGCAUCGAGAAGCCCAUUCACCUGGGGCCUGACGCACCGGUCACCGGACACAUACGCAUUAGGGCCAAAAGUCAGGGAAUGGCACUGAGCCUCGGCGAUAAGAUCAACCUCUCUCAAAAAAAGGCUAAUAUCUGAUAUGUCUACUUUUCUGUUGACAUCUGUCUUGCCACCCUUGCAUCUCCCUAAGAAGUCAGUACUGUUAAUACUUAGCUGCUUUUGUCCCCCCAUUUUCCUUUUUUACAUUUCUCUAAAUGCUACAUCUGUUUUCUUUUUUUCCUGUCCUUGUUAAUUUUCAAUAAAUAUAUAUUGAAGUUA